AAGCAUGUGUCCCUCCUCCUGUGAGUCUGGGCGGCUUCCGGUUUCCGGCCUGUGUUCCAGGGGCCUGAGCGGCGCAGGGAGGGAAGGAUGGUGCUCAUUAAGGAGUUUCGCGUCCGUCUGCCCAUAUCCGUGGAGGAGUACCAGGUGGGCCAGCUCUUCUCGGUGGCCGAAGCCAGCAAGGAUAACACGGGAGGUGGAGAGGGGAUCGAAGUCCUGAAGAAUGAGCCCUAUGAGCGGGAUGGUGAGAAGGGACAAUACACCCACAAGAUCUACCACCUGCAGAGUAAAGUCCCCAGCUUCGUGAAGAUGUUGGCCCCCGAGGGCUCCCUGGUGUUUCAUGAGAAGGCCUGGAACGCCUAUCCCUACUGCCGCACAAUUGUCACUAACGAAUACAUGAAAGACGACUUCUUCAUCAAGAUCGAGACGUGGCAUAAGCCGGAUUUCGGGACCCUGCUUCCUUUUAUUAUAACAUAUGUUUGUCUUUGCUUGCAGAAUGAAAUCGUUAACAACCCCUCCUGCCCUCACAUGUGUGCCUACAAACUAGUGACUGUCAAAUUCCGAUGGUGGGGCCUUCAGGGUAGAAUGGAGAAGUUUAUUCACAAGCAAGAGAAGCGCCUCUUCACCAGCUUUCACCGCCAGCUUUUCUGCUCCCUGGACCGGUGGGUGGAUCUGAACAUGGACGAUAUUCGCCGAAUGGAAGACGAAACGCAGAAAGAGCUGGACGAGAUGCGGCAAAAAGGACAGGUCAGGGGCAUGACUGCAAAAGACGAGUGAACUUCUAUUUUGUUUUUUUUAUCAGGGCUCCAUGGACUUAACAGAUUCCUCUCAGGCGGAGUCUGCCACAUCUUCCUUCCUCUCAUUGGCUGGACUGCACGGGGUUGGGGUAUAUCUACGUUUUUUGAUGAAAGAAGAGGAACAGCUGCUGGCCCCACCCCCACCCCCCCUAUUC